AUGAUAUCGCUCAUGAAUUUCCUGGCUGGCCGCCAGCAGCUCCGCUCCAUCAGCUCCGGGGCAGCCCCGCUACCUACGCAGGCACGCGUUGUCGUUGCUGGCGGCGGCAUCAUCGGCACAUCAGUCGCCUACCACCUCGCAAAGCUCGGGUGGGGCAACGACGUGCUGCUGCUCGAGAAAGACCAGCUGACGUCCGGCACGACCUGGCACGCUGCCGGGCUGAUGGUCACGUUCGGCUCCCUCUCGGAGACCUCCACCGAGAUGCGGAAGCAUUCGAAGCAGCUCUAUUCGCGGCUGCUCGAGGAGGAGACGGGCAUGAGCACCGGCUUCAUGCCGGUUGGCUUCAUCGAGCUGGCGACCGACGAGGGAUAUCUCGAGGAGUACCGCCGCGUCGCCGCCUUCAACCGCAAGUGCGGCGUCGAUGUGCACGAGCUCUCGCCCUCCGAGGUCGCAGACAGGUUUCCGCUCUGCAACGUGGACGACGUGCUCGCCGGCUUCUUCGUCGAGGACGACGGGCGAGUCAACCCCGUCGACGCGACGGCGGCGCUGGCGCGCGGCGCGCGCAACGGCGGCGCCACGAUCGUCGAGGGCGUCUCGCUCACCGGCGUGACUGCGACAAACGGCCGCGUCACCGGCGUGCGCACAGACCGCGGUGACGUGGCGUGCGAGUACGUGGUGAACGCGUGCGGCAUGUGGGCGCGCCAGCUGGCGGAGCUGUCGGGCGUAUGCGUGCCCAACCAGGCGGCGGAGCACUACUACCUCCUCACCGAGCCGAUGGCGCAGGUGGUGGAGGACCCGUCGUCCUGCACGUACAUCCGGCCGGAGGGCGGCGGGCUGAUGGUGGGGCUGUUCGAGUCAGACGCCGCCGCGUGGUGCGUGCCGCGCGUGCCGGCCGACUUCAGCUUUGGCGAGAUCGAGCCCGACUGGGGUCGGAUCGCGCCCUUCCUCGAGCGGGCAAUGGCGCGCGUGCCGAGCUCGCUCGAGGCUGGCGCCAAGAAGCUCUUUUGCGGCCCCGAGUCCUUCACGCCCGACCUCGGCCCGGUCGUGGGGGAGGCGCCAGAGCUGCGAAACUACUACGUCGCCGCAGGCAUGAACUCGAUCGGCAUCCUCACCGGCGGCGGCGUCGGCCGCGUCCUCGCCCACAACAUUGUGCACGGCCACGCAGACGUCGACAUGACGGCGAUGCUGCCCGCCCGCUUCCAGCCCCACCAGGCGACGCCCGCGUACCGCGGCGCUCGCGUCGUCGAGUCGCUCGGCAAGGUCUACAAUCGCAGCCGAAUGAAGACUGGAUUCGGAGGCGCCUACUUCCGCGACGUCUCCGGCUGGGAGGGAGCCGACUGGUUCGCCGGCGCUGGCCGCACGCCAGACUUGGGCGAGCUGCGCUGGGGCCGCCACCCAGAGUGGUUUGGCUUGUGGGCGGCGGAGCACACGGCGUGCCGCGAGGGGGUGGCGCUCUUCGACAUGUCGUUCAUGUCCAAGUUCCACGUGCAGGGCCGCGCCGCUGGCCCGCUCCUCGACUGGCUCGCGACGGCGCGCCACGUAGGCCCGGCAGGAGCCAUCACGUAUACGCAGAUGCUCUCGCCGCGCGGCACACUCGAGGCGGACCUCACCGUCACCAAGCUGCCGCCGCGCCCGGGCGCCUAUGGCGGCGGCGGCGGCGACGGGGAGGGCUUCCUCGUGGUCGCCACCGACACCGCCCACAGGCACGUCGAGACGCUGCUGCGCCGGGGCAUCGAGGACCACGCCGCCGCCCGCGGCGUCGCACCCGCCGCGACCGUCAGCGACGUCACGGGCGGGCUCGCGCAGAUCAACUUGCAGGGGCCACGCUCGCGCGAGCUGCUCGCCGCCCUCACGUCUGCGGACGUGUCGGACGCGGCGUUCCCCUUCCGCGCAGCGCGGCGCGUCGACAUCGGCUGUGCGCUCGUGCUCGCCACACGCAUCACCUACGUCGGCGAGCUGGGGUACGAGCUCUUUGUGCCUGCCGAGUCGGCGGCACACGUGUACGAGGCCAUCGUCGCAGCCGGCGAGCCGCUCGGGCUCGCGGGGCUUGGCUUCACGGCCGCCUUCGACAAGCCGGGCGGCUUCGUGUUGCUCACCGACCCAGAGCCGCUCCUGUACCACGGCGAGGUGGUCUACCGCGACGGCGUCGUGGUCGGCGACGUCCGCGCCGCAUCGUACGGCCACACGCUCGGCGGAGCGGUCGGCCUCUCGAUGGUGCAGGGUGGGGGCGCCGACGCGGGCGAGCCGAUCAACUCCGCGUGGGUCAACAGCGGCAGCUGGGAGGUGGACGUGGCCGGCACGCGGUACCCCGCGCGCGCGAGCCUCCGGCCUUUGUACGAUCCGAAAAAUGAGCGAAUCAAGGCAUGAGCAUGUGGUCAGAUGUUCCUACUGGGUACGGCUAAGGGCUAGCCACGUAUACCGUAGAGGCUAUAAGGCCAUCUGGUGAGGGCCAGCUCUGAUUGCGCGGGCAAAUUCAAAAUGACUACGUUG